CGAUCUGGGAAAGUGCGCGAAGAGCAAGGCAAGGUUAGUUCUGAAGAGUGUGCUCUUCCAGUCUUCAAGAAGAAGCCACUCGUACCUUACGUGUCAGCACUGGAAUUGAAAGCCGAAAUUGAUCGAUUGGUGCCCAAAGGAGUUAUUUUCCCUGUUGAACACUCAGAAUGGGCCGCACCGGUAUUUGCUCUCAAGAAAAAGAACGGGAACUCCAUCUAUUGCCGACUUCAUGACCGGGUGAUGCAUUGCAGUUGCAUCAGCACCCAUUGCCCACAGCGGAGGGGUGUUCGCAAAACGCAACUCGACUUGGCCGAAGCGCACAUACAGGAGGAAGUCAAAGAAAUUCAAAGAAGAUGUUAA